AUGCCAACUCUUCAGAGCGCAGGCAGCAUCUCCAUCCUACAGGCAGACAACAUGCUGCCUGCUGUGGUGAAGCUCUGCUGUGGAAUAUCCUACCCACACCUUAGGAGCAUGUCAGGGCUUCAACGCACAGCAGUAGCAGUGAUAAGCAAGGAGAUCACACAAAUGAAGCCUUGGGCGCAGAUCAAACAUCACAUCGGAAAACUUGCUGAGCUCAAAACAGAAGUGGCAGUGAGUGAAGAUCAGCUGUUUUACAUACAACAUGGCAAGGAAGCACUGAGGAAAGCUGUCAGCAUGUUGGAGGACAGAGAGGGAUGGAAGCUGGAAAUUCAAGAGAACAAUGGUGACGUGAUCUGUAGCAAAGUGAUACCGGGGGCUGGGAAGGUCUUCAGGCUGGAGACGGUAUUGGAAGCCAGCUUGGAUGACCUCUAUGACCUCCUGUUUGUCAGAGUUGAGAACAUAAGCGAGUGGAACCCGAGCGUACAGCGAAUCAAAGUUUUAAAGCGAGCUGGACCUGAAACAGUCGUAACUCACGAAGUUUCAGCUGAGACAGCAGGGAAUCUUAUUGGACAAAGGGAUUUCCUCAGCGUCAGACACAGCUGCAAAGAAAAAUCCUGCCUUUAUCUAGGAGGAGCAGCAAUUCAGCUGGAGUCAUUCCCACCUCAGGCUGGAUUUGUGAGAGCUGAGGAUGGGCCAACCUGCAUCGUUAUUAAAGCUCUGGAUGAGGACUCAACAAAAAGCAGCUUUACAUGGCUCCUCAACAUGGAUGUAAAGGGCUGGCUGCCUAAGUCCAUUGUCAAUCAGGGUUUGCCUCGAGCGCAGCUGGAUUUCACAAGACAUCUUCGAAAACGUCUCAGUCUGAGAUGACUGAGUCCUCAUGACCGUCACACUGCAGCAGCACCUUGUCCUUGUUCAAAGAAGGUGGGGGCAUAGUGACAGACUGCCUGGACGGCAAAACGCUACCCUGUUGAAACGAAAUGCUGCCUGGAUGAUAUGACCUCCUUGAAGAACAGCGAGCAGAAGGGAGAACCAGCUUGGUGGAUGGAAGCUGGAUUAUAAUAGGAAUAAAUGUCAAAUUGUGCCACUUAAACCUCUCAAAGAUUUCCUGUUUAAGAGCCACAACUUGUCUCUUGAUACAUGACACCAUGCAAAUGACUGGAUAGAAUUAAUAAAGUGCUUAAAUGCGCGUGUACUGGCUGACUUGUUUUUACUUAGUACUUACAAAAAUAGAUUGAACACAUUAGGGCAAACUAUACAGCACAUGUCUCAUUACAGGAAGUGUCAUGUAGAUCUGCAUUAAUUGAUUUAGAAUGAAACGAGCUGUUAAAUAAAGAUUUUAGGAUAUAAAAUCUUAUUUAGAGCAGCUGUUAUCUCCAUUCACAUAAAGUGCCCAUCAUUUUUUUCACGCUUUGUCACAGUACAAUAGACUUCAAUGUAUUUCAUAAAUAUUCCACUUCACAAGUGUAAAUGUUUGUUUGGACUUUGUUGUGCCAUCAUUUAUUUUUAGCAAUCACAGCUGAAAGUCUUUUGGGGGUAUGACUGUUAGCUUUACACAUCCACAUGCUGAAAGUCAUCAUAUUAGAUGUAGAGAAUCUUUGAACAGCGGUCUUGUCACAAAUUUCCAAUCUCGCUGUACGAAGGAAGACGAUAAACUGAACAGUUUAUUUCUGCAGCGGAAUUGUGUCCAACAGAUCUGACAAACACAUCAGUCCAUCAAUAAACGGACGGGAAAUUACAUGUGCUUAUUACUAGAGUUGGAUGCAGAAAAAAGGGAAAGGAGGAUGAGACAAAAGAGACAGUAAUAGGCAUACUUAGGGCUGUGCAAAAGACGAAACAGUCAGACACUGGCUGCAGGGGCAGUCACUUCACAAUUUUCCCAGAACAUAUUCCAUAGUUUGACAUUUAUUACUGAACUUCUUUGGUCUUGGAAACGCUAAAUUGGUGGCCAGCCCACCUCCCACAAACCCCCCCCACAGAACACUGUCUUCAGCUCAGGUUUUACAUGUAGUGCAAUCUGACCUCAGCCGCUUUUUCCACGUGUUUAUUGCAUCUCCCACCAAGCUUGUGGUAGCUACCAGUCAGCUAAUUUCUGAAGUGGUAUCUGUGGUACUGGAUUUUACUUUGGGUAUCAGAGUGAAGGGAGCUGAAAGCACCUAAACACCACACUUUUUAUGUAUUUAUUUGAAAAAUCCUUUGGAAACCAAGUACCAUUUCCUUUUCAUGUCACAGUUAUGCUCUAGUUUGUGUUGGUCUAUAAAAUAAAAUCCUAAUAAAACACAUUAAGGGCUGUAAUGUAACAAAAUGCAGUGGGGAAAAUCAAAGGCCCGUUUAUACUUUUGUAAGGCACUGUGUUGUUACAAAUUGAAACAAACGUAACUAAAAUAAAAAAGAGCAGUGAAAUAACAACAAAAAAAAUUCAUUGUACAUACUUUGAAAUGAAUUUUACUUUGUUCACUUUACCACUUAGAAAUUCAAUAAAUAUUAACACUUAAAGCUUUCAUUCAUGUACGUAUAUACAAGAACUAUACAAUGAACAUAGUGAAGGUGUUAGCUAGAGAGCAGGAACUGUGUAAAAGUAUUUCCAGCUUCAGUUCAUGGACCGGUAGCAUUGUCUAUUGUUUCUAGUUCCAAAUGUUUUUAACAUGUAAUUUACACUAUGUACACUAUCUUAAAACUGCAGGAGUUACAAAAAUAUCAUAACGUGUUCUUUCUGAAGUUGUUUUUUUUUUUUAGUCCUUAAAGCAUCAAGUCCCACAAAGGUAGACAGAGAACAUGCUACAGUACAAUGGGGUUGGCUUGCAAAAGUCAUAAUUUGGUUUCAUUUAAAAUAAAUCAUCAUUAGACUUGGAAAAUAAAAAUAGCAAUAAAAAAAGAGCACCAGAGGCAGGGAAGCAGUGAGGUCCCUGCCAGAAAUGCAGACCAUAAAAUUAUCAGUGUGCCACCAGAAAGAAAUAUACACUUAAAAAAUUAUGUUAUUGAUUUUAGUUGUGAAGCUAAAAUGAAACAAAUCAAUACAGAAAGCUUUUUUUUUUUUUUUACGUUGCUGGGUUUGCAUCAUCUGCUUAAAGGUUCAAUUUGGAUAGCAAUAUUUAUAAUAUGGCUAACAUACAAUACAAGACAAUGAAUGCCUUAAACUUUAAUACUAAUUGAUAGUGUCACAUCAGUGCUACAUUUCAACAAGAAUCUGUAAGCCCAGGAAAGAAAAUGGAGUUUGAUUGCUUGAGAGCCUUAGAAAAGUUUACUUUUUUGUAGACUGAAACAUAAAACCUCAUUGCUGUUAAGAUAACAAGGUAUGCAGAUUAUAAAUUCAAUCUAAAUAUAUUAGAAAAGGUGAGAAAUAAG